UUAUUUGAGCCUUGCUAUGCGGCGGGGAGGGGGUUGUUGCUUGUUAUGGACGGGCCGAGUUACAGAGCGGCUGAUGUGCGCUCCCCUUCAUGUAUAUCUCCCAGUGAAAGUCAGUGUUAGUUACAUUGUAUCCGCAGAGUUGCAACAUCGUAUUCGCCGCGUUCCAUCGCCUCUCGGCGCUCUGGCCAGCUCCUUUUCUCACAAUUGCACCUUCCUCCCUGAGUUAUGAGACCUGGGAAAUGAUUUCCAGAACUGGCCUCUUCACUCUCGCCCUGCUCCUCGCCGCUGCCUGCCCCGGCGCUCCCUCCUUCGCCUGCGACGAUAAGCCGUCAUCGCCGGCUUGCUUAAAGGUGACCAGACCUCCUGUCGUACUGGUUCCAGGUGACCUGGGGAACCAGCUGGAAGCGAAGCUGAACAAACCUCGUGUGGUGCACUACAUGUGCACCAAGAAAACAGAGGAUUACUUCACCCUGUGGUUGAACUUGGAGCUGCUCCUACCCCUGGUCAUUGACUGCUGGAUUGACAACAUUAGGUACGUUAAAAGUCAUGCACCACCUCAUCAGGGAGAAACAAAGUGACCCUUU